CAUGACAGAUGAGUCGAAAGCUACACGAUAGCAUAAAAAAUGUAAAUAAAAUGCGACACGUACAAACAUUUCACUGAAAAGAGUGUUAUAUUCAAACAGCGCAGGUAAAGUUUUAAAUGUUAAUUCAAAACUAUAUACUACCUCUCGGCGAAGCUAGAAAACAAGUGGAAUCAUGCAGCAUACCACACAAGUGCUCAAACUUCUUAAAACAGGAUCUAGGCUACAGCGAGUUGCCAGCUCAUCUGCCACGGUACAGAAGCGUAUCUGUAUCAUUGGAGCAGGACCUGCUGGUUUUUACGCCGCACAGUACAUCCUUAAGCAUUUGGAUGAUUCUCAGAUCGAUAUCGUAGAUAAACUACCGGUACCCUUUGGACUUGUUAGGUUUGGUGUAGCACCCGACCACCCUGAGGUUAAGAAUGUCAUCAAUACUUUCACGAAGACUGCCGAAAAUUCGCGAGUACGGUUCAUUGGAAAUUUAUCACUUGGAACCGAUUUUACCGUUGAAGAAUUGCGGGCAAAAUAUCAUGCUGUUUUGCUGACAUACGGAGCAGAGAAAGACAGAAAGUUAAAUAUACCGAACGAAACAUUACGAAAUGUGAUAUCAGCGCGAGAAUUCGUGGCCUGGUACAAUGGUCUUCCUGGCUUCGAGAAUUUUAGUCCAGAUUUAAGUGGUAAUACACUCACUAUAUUAGGGCAGGGUAAUGUCGCUAUGGAUGUAGCUCGAAUUGUCCUAUCUUCAGUAGACGAACUUAAAAAAACGGAUAUAACUGAGUAUGCAUUGGAAGCGCUUUCACGAAGUAAAAUAAAAAAAGUUCUGCUUGUGGGACGACGUGGUCCGUUGCAGGCAGCCUUCACAAUUAAAGAGUUGAGAGAGAUGCUCAAACUACCCAACUGUUGCACUACUUGGAGGAUGAAUGAUUUUCGAAAUGUAGCGGAAGCAUUACCCGAACUUCAACGACCGAAGAAGCGUAUAACGGAACUCAUGUUAAAAAGCUUGUCAGAACAGUCAACUUCUCCAAGCUCAGUUGGUAGUUUCCUUCCAAUAUUCUACCGAUCUCCAGUGAAAGUCAUUGGCAGUGAUCGUGUCCAUUCGGUAGAAUACACUAUCAACAAUUUAGUCGAUAACAGAGCUGUUCCCACGGGUCAAAAAGAAUCAAUUGAAACGGAUCUUGUUUGCCGCAGUAUCGGGUAUAUAUCUACGAAUGUUGAUAAGGACCUUAAUUUUGAUGAUCACAAGGGAUGCAUUUCUAAUGUGGCAGGUCGUGUUCUCAAAAAAUCACUCACCGGCAGCGACCAGACUAUCGAUGAUAUUGAGGACAAGUUCGAAAAGGGAUUGUACACAUCGGGAUGGUUGGCAACCGGUCCCACCGGUGUUAUCUUGUCAACUAUGAAUAACUCGUUCGGCGUAGCUGACCUGAUCUGUAAGGAUUUCCAUAACAAUGUGGUUCGAGUGACGGAAGCAAAACCCGGCUUGGAACUAGCGGGGCGUCAAGUGGUUAGUUGGAAUGGAUGGAAAGCAAUUGACAAGGAAGAACGCCGGAGGGGAGCGGAUAGGGGUAAACCAAGGGAAAAGGUCGUUCGUUUGGACGAAAUGCUACGGAUAGCAGAAGGAAAGUAAUCUCUGUAGCAGUA